AUGCCAUCCACUAUUAGUUAUAACUGCUGCCAUGGACAGCCAUCUAAUUUCUCUAGUCUUCUCAUCCUUGGCUUUCAGUCUUUUGCUGUAUCAGGGCUAAAUGCAUUGAGGACUAGUUACAUGUGGUUGUGGCCACCGUACCUGGCGAAUGAGGACCCUUGUCUUCCACAAACAUGGAGCGAGAUCGAAUGUAACAUAGAUUUUAAUCCACGAGUAACAGCGCUGUAUCUUGGCCGGAAAGACCUCUCUAAUCCCCUUCCUGAUUUCAAUUCUAUGGAUGCCCUCGAGAUAAUAGAUUUGCAUGGAAAUAUUGGUCUUACUGGAGCUAUUCCUUCAUUCCUUGGCAAAUUCCCCAAGCUAAAAGUACUGAAUUUAGCAAAUAAUGGUUUCAGUGGAUUGAUACCAGAUUCACUAGCAUGUAAUAACAAGUUGGAUUUAAGUUUAGCAGGUAAUACUAAUUUAUACACAUCCAGUUCAUGUACGACAUCAAAAACUGAGUCUCCUCCACCUCCAACAAGACCAAACCCUAAUACUCCAUCUGAUGGUACCUUUGAAUCUCCGCGGACAAUCCCUAGUACUCCAUCAGGUGGUACCUAUGAAUCUCCGCGAACAAUCCCUGGUACUCCAUCAGGUGGUACCUUCGAAUCUCCGCGAACAAGCAGUCUUCCACAUUUUUUUAAUAAAUGGGAGACAACGAAAUCGAAGUCAUGA